UUUGGCUAGUGGGUUCAAAAAAAAGCUCAUACGCAAAAGAUCAACUUAAUCUUUUGUGUUCCUUUAUUGUUAUAUGGUUGUGAUCACAUUGAGGCUUUUUCUUUUGCCAAACAGAUAUGAACUAAGGAUAUUCAAUUUGGGAUAGUUUUUACCAUUUUGAUCAUCUUCGCAAAUUAUCAUGGAGAUCCCAAAACAAAUCACACCAGCUGAUGAUCCUGAGAGCUCUUCCCAAAAGAAAUUGGGAAGAGGGAAAAUUGAGAUCAAGAGGAUUGAAAACACUACUAAUCGGCAAGUCACAUUCUGCAAGCGCCGCAACGGUUUGCUUAAGAAAGCUUAUGAACUUUCUGUUCUUUGUGAUGCUGAAGUUGCUCUUAUUGUGUUCUCCACCCGGGGGCGCCUCUAUGAAUAUGCCAACAACAGUGUUAGAGCAACAAUCGAAAGGUACAAGAAAGCAUGUGAUUCUUCAAACACUGGAUCUGUUACUGAGGCUAAUGUUCAGUUUUAUCAGCAAGAAGCAUCCAAACUAAGAAGACAGAUCAGAGAAAUUCAGAAUUCAAACAGGCACAUAUUGGGGGAAGCUCUUAGCACUUUGAACGUCAAGGAACUGAAGAAUCUUGAAGGAAGAUUGGAGAAAGGGAUCAGCAGAAUAAGAUCCAAGAAGAAUGAAAUGCUGUUUGCUGAAAUCGAAUAUAUGCAAAAGAGGGAGAUCGAGCUGCAGAAUCAUAACAAUUUUCUGAGAGCAAAGAUUGCUGAAAAUGAUAGGGCACAGCAGCAGCAAGCAAAUAUGCUGCCAGGAACAUCGUCCGCGUAUGAGCAACCAAUGCCUCCUCCUCAAUCAUAUGAUAGGAGCUUUCUCCCUGUGAUCAUCGAGUCCAAUCACAAUUACAAUCGCCAAGGGCAGAACCUGACACCUCUCCAACUUGUGUAAGAUUUCCUAACAUUCAACAUAUGCAUGCAUCAUCCAAUGAAACUAAAACGCCCUAUGUCUAAUUCCGAAACUCAGAUACCAAUAAGUUCUGAUCUCCUUACUUUGAUUUCUUUGGAUAUAACAGUUGAAAUGCGACAAGUCUGGUGAUUUAUUCCGCCUCUUCUCCUAAAUAAAAGUACAGAUGAGCAAUGCUAGAAGGCAAUCUGGUGAUUCAUUUCAUCAUUUCUGUUUCCUGACAUUUAUCAGAUUGACUUCUGUUUAUAAAUGUGUAAGAAUCAGUUAAUUUUUAAAAUCUUCAUGACUAGCAUGAAGUCGAUCCAUAAUUCUGUAUGAACUAGCUAGGCACUCCUUGUAACUGUGAACUACAACUUCUCUUUUAUGAUCUGUAUCCAUAUUCUAUGACACCAUAAUAGUUAAUUCGAUUUCUCACUC